AUGCACGAUGAGAAAUCUCACGACAUCCCUUAUGUUCCGUGCCCAACAGUUGGGCCAUACAAUAAUUUUGAGCUACUGCCCUCCCUGGGUGUUCGUGUCGAGUACUGGGAUUCGCUUCAGGAAUGGUGGUUCUCGAUUCCACUGCAGUGCGCCUUUGCACUGACAACUGUAAUGGUGCUUUUCCAGGUACUUCAAGGAGUCACUUUUACGGGCGACCCGAACGGAUUUGAGAAGUCUCCUUACAUGAUUGCGAAACGGGUGAUUCAGCUUGAAUUCGUCCACCGGAAGCAGACUUGUCGUUGGGUCGAAUAG